GGCAGGCACGUCUGCGGGCGAAGGUCAUCUGGGCGGACUCGCAGGUGCGAUCGAGCGCGCAGAUGAACGCCAAGGCUGCGACGCGCAUUCGAGUCUGGAGGGAGGAGGUGCACCAGGCGACGUACCUACGCAACCGUCCGAGUCGCACCACGGGCAGAACCAGAACACCGGCUGAUUCGGAGGACGGAUGACGAUGGUAUCGCCGUAUACGCGGCCAGUGUGGGACAAUCCUUGACGAUCCCUGACCGAUGAUAGACGGCUCGGUGCAUGAACAAGUUCCUGGAUUGCGAUGGGCUGAUAUUCCGUUUAAUCUUGUGCUUGUUACAGCUGCUCGUGACGACUUUUUUGUCAGUUAUUGUCUCGGAGACCUUGAUACAUACAGACUUGAGUGUGUUCUUCGUUACACUCGUGUUUGCCAACUGGAUUGCCUGGAGCUUCCACGGAGUGUUGCUGUCUAUCGUCGAGUCUGUAUCGUGUUGUGUACUGGUUCGUUCGGUACGAAACCGCCUCCCGUCUGUCUGCUUCGAAUUGUCGUUACGAUGAUUGCACCCAAUAUAGC